UCCAACCUUGUUCUGUCUUUGAAUAACAGAUAAAUUAGUUGACUUGAAAAGCAAUCAUUUCAUUUGUACUUCCAUGUCACCUGUGACUUUCCCUGCCUUCCACCCACAGCCCUGUCAGCUGGCAGGAAGAAGGUCAGCAAAGCUGCUGAUAAGAGGAGUAUAAAGAGGGCUUGGUUCAUGGCAAGAGGGCAGUGGUCUACUUCACUGGCAAGAUGCUGCGCUUCCUCGUGCUCACCACCCUGGUCCUUUAUGGACACAGCACCCAGGACUUUCCAGAAACUAAUGCUCGAGUAGUUGGAGGGACCGAGGCCAGGAAGAAUUCCUGGCCCUCUCAGAUUUCCCUCCAGUACUCUUCUCUAGGCUCCUGGCACCACACCUGUGGAGGGACCCUCAUCAGACAGAACUGGGUGUUGACAGCUGCUCACUGUGUAGACAGUUCACGGACCUUCCGUGUGGUUGUCGGAGAACACAACCUGCAGCAGAACGAUGGUACUGAGCAGUACGUGAGCGUGCAGAAGAUCGUGAUACAUUCGCAGUGGAACCGCAAUAACGUAGCUGCUGGCUAUGACAUCGCCCUGUUGCGCCUGGCCCAGGCAGUUACCCUCAACAGCUACGUGAAGCUGGGUGUUCUGCCCCAGGAGGGAGUCGUCCUGGCUAACAACUCUCCCUGCUACAUAACAGGCUGGGGCCUGACCAGGACCAAUGGGCAGUUGUCCCCGACCCUGCAGCAGGCUUACCUGCCCACUGUGAGCUAUGCCACCUGCUCCACCUCUUCCUACUGGGGCUCCACUGUGAAGAACACCAUGGUGUGCGCUGGCGGAGAUGGAGUUCGUUCUGGAUGCCAGGGUGAUUCUGGAGGCCCCCUCAACUGCUUGGUGAAUGGUCAGUAUUCUGUCCAUGGAGUGACCAGCUUUGUGUCCUCGCUGGGUUGCAAUGUUGCCAGGAAGCCCACAGUCUUCACGCGCGUCUCUGCUUACAUUUCUUGGAUAAACAAUGUCAUCGCCUCCAACUAAACGUUUUCCUGAGUCCAGUGGCCUUCCCGAGACGGUUCAUAGAUCUGCAUGCAAUAGAACUUGAGUCAACAAGAAAAAAAUAGAGCUGAGGUUAUAGCUUGGUGGUAGAGUGCUUCUGUAGGAUGCUCAAGGCCCUGGGUUACAUCCUCAGUGCUGGAAAACAAAACAAAAAAAAAAAAACAGCAAACAAUCAAACAUUCUGAGACUACUGAAUCAGAGCCAGAUUAAAAAAAAAAAAAAAAAAAAAAAAAAAACGGGUGAAAACAGGCGCUCACAAAUUUGAGGCCACCCUAGGCUACCCAGUGAGUUUAAGGCCACCCUGGACUAGACAGAAAGACCCUGUCUCAAAAAAGCGCAAAUAAAAUGGAAUGU